AUGGCGCCUCCAGAGAACGGCAAUGAGAAGAUAGACUUCACAAAGCUCAUCGCCCUCGACAAACUCGACAGCACCACAUUCAGGAGCAAAGCAUUAGCCUUUGGGCCAGCGAACGGAAACCGAACGUAUGGCGGCCAUGUGUAUAUGCAGGCUUGCUAUGCUGCAGCUCAGACUGUGCCCAAAGGCAUGGCGUUGCAUAACGUAACAGGCUGGUUCCUGCUUCUAGGCAAGGCCGACGAACGCUUCACUUAUCGAGUACGAAAGAUCCGAGAUGGAGGCUACUGCACUCGCGGUGUCGACGUCCUGCAAGAGACAGGAUCCGUGGUGUCUUUCACCUGUAUUUGUUCGUUCAAGCGACCAGAGAGGAAGUCAACAAAAACUCUAGAUAUACAGUCGACGAUCGAUCUGCGGAAAGAAUAUGCCGCUGUACUUGGAAACAAGAGACCCGACGAGCACCAGGAGAUGCCUGGAGUUGAUGCACCAUGGUACUGGGAGUUUUCAAGAAGAAACAACAACUACACCGACCCAUUCCCAGGACUCACACUACACAAGGUCGACAUGGAACGUUACAACUCAAGCAAACCACCUCUGGAACGGCGAAACCUGAAAUACUACUCAGUAAUAGGCGGCAUGCCUUCUGUCGAAGAGGAUAUUAAUAUGCACAUCUGCGCUCACCUCUACGCUUCGGACAGGAACUCCUUGUUCGUCAUAUCAAACAAUCUCGGCAUCGGCAACGACUACUCGCAAAUCGCCAGCCUUUCCCACACCGUCAUCAUGCACGCCGACGGCGCGGAGCUCUCGAUGGUCGACAGAAAGACAGGGCAGCCUCUCUGGUUCGUCCAAGAAGCCUGGACUGGUGGCAGUCGGCAUGGUAGAGGGCUGCAUCAGAGCCGGAUGUGGCGAGAGGACGGAUUGCAGGUUGCUUCGACGAUUCAGGACGGUAUGAUGAGGUUGAAGUCGGAUGAUGGGAAGGGCAAGGCUGGGUUCUCGCCGGAGCAGAUGGCGCAGCAGCUGGAGGAGAAGUUGAAGAAGGAUAGGAGACAGGGGAAGCUGUGA